CUGGAGUUGUGAAGGUGUCCUGUCUGGCGCACUGGAGAACUACCUUGACGCAAUGUCGAUGCCGUGCGAAUUGAUGACGUUCAAGCGCCCCGGCCUGCACUCCCAUUGCUUCUUUGCAGCACAUUCUUUCCCGACAUGCGACACUCUCCCUCCAGCACCUCAACAUGGCCCCGAACGACGCAGACUACUCCAAGCACCCACCCCCACUCCUCGCCGCACAUCUGCGUGAUGCCGAAGCCGCCAUUGCGAAAAUCACAGGCCGCAUACCUGGUGCCAAGUCAGCGAUGCUGCACGCGAUCUUCAGCCACGGCGAGCCGAUCAAGGACUCGAUCGUGCGCGACGCGCCCGCCGGCCAGCCGCGGCGGUACGACCAUGUCGACCGCGUCCUGCAGGCGUCGUUCUUCCUCGUCCUCCACGCCCUCGGCCCCGUGCAGCCCACCAACAGCGAGGCGCAUUUCGACAGCUGGUGGGUCGAGCUGAAUGGGCGCGAGCAGCUGGCCGAGCUGGCGAAGAAGCAUGGGGCGGGGAGUCAGCUCGACGCGCUGGAUACGCUGCGCCGGGCUAAAUGGGAGUGGACUUAUUGUCCUGGCAUGCUGGCCGCGAGUAGAUAGGAGCUGAUUGGGGUUCGGAUGAAGGCUGUGCGGGCAAGAGCCACACGAUGACGGAGGACGCUUGGCGUUGGGUCUAGCCAGCGAAUUGCCUGAACGCUUGGCUAGUUAUGCAGACCAAGUGGCGGCAUAUGUACCGCAUGUUACGC